AUGGCCACUGGACUUACAUCAGCCAGCGGCUUGCUCGCUCUGCUCGAAGAAACCGAGCCCAAGCUCAAGAUCUACGCUCUCGAGAAGCUCGAUAACAUCGUGGAUGAGUUCUGGCCUGAGAUUUCGGACAACAUUCAGCAGAUUGAGGUGCUGAAUGAGAGUGAGAGCUUCGAGGCCAGAGAGCUCGCUGCGUUGGUGGCCUCCAAGGUCUACUAUCACAUCGGCUCAUUCAAGUCGGCCAUGAUCUAUGCUCUGUCGGCUGGCAAGCUCUUCAACAUCGAAGAGGACUCUGAAUUCGUCAGAACGCUCACCUCCAAGUGCAUCGAUGAGUACAUCAGGCAGAGGGUGGAGCAUGAAACAAAAGAGCAGGAGGUGCCGAUCAAGGACCUCGAGAAGCUGGUCGACACUGUGUUUGAUCGAAGCUACGACAUGGGCGAGUACAAGUACGCGCUGGGCAUCGCGUUGGAAUCGAGGCGGGUGGACAGGAUAGAGGAGACGAUCAAGAAAUCGGGCCAAGUGGCGGACAUGCUCAACUACUGCUUCAAGAUCUGCAUGGACGUCAUCAGCCGCGACUUCAGACAAGUGGUUCUGAGGAUCUUGGUGAAGCUGUACAGAGAACUGGCCACCCCCGACUGGAUUCGAAUCUGCGAGAUCCUCAUCUUCCUCGACGACCACAAGGCUGUGUCCGACAUCCUCGCCAAACUCCUCACUGGCACUGAGGACGAGCUGCUCGUCGCGUACCAGAUCGCGUUCGACCUCGUGCACAACGCCUCGCAGCAGUUCCGCGGUGAGGUGCGCAAGGCCAUCGGCUCGGGUGUCGAGGCCGAUGCCGAGCAGGCACGCAUCCAGGAGUACUACAACGAAAUGGUCAAGAAGAAGGAGGAGAAGGGCGCCUCCUCCUCGAGCGGCUCGGACCCCAUGCAGGAAGAGAAGGGUGACGUCAAGCCGCCCGCCUCCCGCGUGGACAACAUGAAAGCCAUCCUCUCGGGCACCACCUCGAUCAACCUCUUCCUCGAGUUCUUGCACCGCAACAAUCACACAGACAAGCUUGUGCUGAAGAACAUCAAGGCGGCGAUGGAGUCCCGCAGCUCUGUGGUCUAUUCCUCGAUCAUCAUUUGCCACGGGUUCGCCCAGGCCGGCACCACCAACGACUUCUUCCUGCGCGACCACCUCGAGUGGCUCGCUCGUGCCACCAACUGGUCCAAGUUCACCGCCACGGCCAGCUUGGGUGUCAUCCAGAAGGGCCACCACAAGGAGAGCAUGACCAUCCUGGCUCCCUACCUCCCCCAGCAGUCUGCGGCGUCGUCGCCCUACUCCGAGGGAGGUGCGCUCUUUGCGCUUGGUCUCAUCCACGCCAACCACGGCGACGAGAUCACCACCGAGCUCAAGAAGGCUCUGCUGAACGCGGGCACCAACGAGAUCGUCCAGCACGGCGCUUGCCUCGGCCUCGGCGUUGCCGCGAUGGCCACCCAGAACACUGAGAUCUUCGAGGACCUCAAGAACGUCCUGUACACUGACAGCGCCGUCGCGGGCGAGGCUGCCGGUAUCGCCAUGGGCCUGCUGAUGCUCGGCUCGGCCUCGGACCAGGCGCUCGAGGACAUGCUGGCCUACGCGCACGACACCCAGCACGAGAAGAUCAUCCGUGGUCUGGCCAUCGGUAUCGCGCUCGUCAUGUGCGGCCGCGAGGAGGAGGCCGACACCCUCAUCGAGCAGCUCACCCUCGACAAGGACCCCAUCCUCAGGUACGGCGCCAUGUACACCAUCGCGCUGGCCUACUGCGGAACGGCCAACAACGCCGCCAUCCGCCGUCUGCUCCACGUGGCCGUGAGCGACGUGUCGAACGACGUGCGUCGCGCGGCCGUCAUCGCCCUGGGCUUCCUGCUCUUCAAGCAGCCCGAGCAGUGCCCCAAGCUCGUGUCUCUCCUCGCCGAGAGCUAUAACCCGCACGUCCGCUACGGCGCCACCCUCGCCGUCGGUAUCUCCUGCGCCGGCACCGGCCUCAAGGCCGCUGUUGAUCUGUUGGAGCCCCUGGCCAACGACCCGGUGGACUUUGUGAGGCAGGGCGCGCUCAUCGCGCUGGCCAUGGUGCUGGUGCAGACCUCCAAGGCGCAGGAGCCGCGCGUGGAGAAGGUGCGCAAGCUCUUUGCCGAGAAGGUGUCCGACAAGCACGAGGACAUCAUGGCCAAGUUCGGCGCCUGCCUCGCGUCGGGCAUCAUCGACUGCGGCGGCCGCAACUGCACCAUCCGGCCCCAGUCCGUCGCCGGCCACACCGACAUCCCGGCCAUCGUCGGCCUCGCCCUCUUCACCCAGUACUGGUACUGGCACCCGCUGGCCCACUUCCUCUGCCUCAGCUUCACCCCGACCGCCGUCAUCGGCCUCAACGACGACCUCAAGAUGCCCGUCUUCCAGUUCAAGAGCAACGCCCCGCCCUCCCACUUUGCCUACCCGCCCAAGGUGCAGCCGCCCGUCGUCAAGACGCCCCAGAAGCUGCGCACGGCCGAGCUCUCCGUCACCAAGAAGGCCAAGAUCAGGCAGCGACAGAAGGAGAAGGAGAAGGCGGACGAGAUGGACGUCGAGAAGAAGGAGGAGGAGGAGAAGAAGAAGGCCGAAGAGGAGGAGAAGAAGAAGAAGGCCGCCGAAGAGAAGGAGAAGAAGAGGAAGGAGGCCGAGGAGAAGAAGCCCGAGCCGGCCUUUGAGGUGCUUUCGAACCCGGCCCGCGUGACGAUCCCCCAGCUCGGGCGGAUAACGUUCGACGUCGACGAGCGCUACACGCCGGUGAAGAAGGGGACCAGCGUGCUGGGCAUCGUCUUGUUGAAGGACAACAAGGCGGGCGAGCCGGUGGAGCUGGUGACGCCCGCCAAGCCCCCGACGGCCGAGGAGGAGGACGAGGGCGACGAGCCCAACCCCCCGGAGCCCUUUGAAUACGACCCCGAGAAGGAGAAGCAGUAA